UUAACCAACAUGGCUUCCACAGGUGGGAGUGUUUUCACUGGUCGCGGGAGAGCUGGGUCCAAGUUAAACGUCGUUUAUGAUGCCGAGGGGAACGAGAUCGAGGUUGAAACCAGGGAAGAUGAGGAGCAAAACAAGAAGCUUAAUGAGACAAUAGAACUGUUACUGGCAGCAGGGUAUUUCAGGGCAAGAAUUAAGGGACUUUCUCCCUUUGACAAAGUUGUUGGUGGCAUGACUUGGUGCAUAACUACAUGUAACUUUGACAUUGAUGUAGAUCUGCUCUUCCAAGAGAACUCUACAAUAGGCCAAAAAAUUGCCCUAACAGAAAAGCUGGUUGCCGUGUUGCCUAAAAUGAAGUGCCCUCACAGAAUAGAACCCCAUCAGAUCCAGGGGCUGGAUUUUAUACAUAUAUAUCCAGUUGUGCAGUGGCUGGUGAAGAGAGCUAUUGAGACGCGAGAAGAGAUGGGGGAUUACAUCCGAGCCUUUUCCGUGUCGCAGUUUAACAAGAACCACAAAACACCAGAGGAUGAACUAUUUGAACAGUUGAAGGAGAAGGCUGUUUCUUCAGUUAGUGCAGUGAAAGAUGUGUAUAAGCCACAGCGCCGCUACAGAAGACACGACGCAGACAAGAUCAAAGAAGAAGAGAUGCGAGUCCAUUCUACACUUCUAGAAUAUGGAAGGCGAUAUGGAAUGAGUAAAACACAGAUUGCAGAUGACUCAGAAAAAGCCAACAAGAAGAAAGCUGCAGCUGCAGGAUUAGGGAAAGGAUCUGAAGAACCGUCAGCUGAGGAACUUCAGGCUGAAGAAGAGCGGCGUAUUAAAGCAUUGAUGAGUGGCAUGUCAGCAAUGGAAGGGCAGGAGGGGAGGCUCACAGCCGGUAUGGUAGGCUCUAUUGUAGGGCUUCAGGCAGAGGAAAUACAACAAAUGGCUUCUGAAUAUGCUGAGAAGCAAGCAGAAGUUGGUCAGCUGGAGAAACAAGAAAGAGUGGGCGGAGUCCAGCACCACAAACGGGCAGUUGCUUCUUUGACCAAGCAGAUACAAAAUGCUCAGUCCCAUCUAGAUGAGGACGCAAUCUUUGUCCCUAUUCACCUGUGCCUUGACUGUGUAUCAUAUAAUAUACUGCAUAGUGUCAAGGACAAUUCCUUCCAUCUCACCUAG